AUGAAUAAAAUCUUUAAAAAAAAAAAAAGAAAGAAAGAAAAUCCUAUCUUGGAAAAGAUUUCUAGGUGAGAGGUGGUCUCGUACCUAAAAACUGGUUUCCAUGCAUAGGAAAGAGUAUUCUGCAAAUCACAGUUAUUAAAUAUUCGGUCUCUGCUAAGGGCAGAAUGAGAGAGGAAAUAGGUGUGAGCUGCAGCAUAGAAGAUUUAGGUUCGCUUUGUGGAAGCAUAGAAAUAGUUUUUUUGUUUUGGGGGGUUAGCAUAGAAUAGUUUUUUAAAAAUGGAAUCUCAACUUUUUUUAGUAAGUGUAGGUGCGAUUCUGGCCCAUACAUGGAAAACACUAAGUAGUUAAUGGCACAAGGGUUUUUUUGAGCCCUCAAAAUGUAUGUUCUGUCUUUGUUUUUGUUUUUGUUUUAUCACGUGCUCAUAUAAUGUACUUGUUUCCAAAGGCAGGAGAUGCUGCAUGCUUCUACGAUAUAAAGUUGGGUAGGAGGCGGGUAGAGCACCAUGAUCACGCUGUUGUGAGUGGAAGAUUGGCUGGAGAAAAUAUGACUGGAGCUGCUAAGCCAUACUGGCAUCAGUCAAUGUUCUGGAGUGAUUUGGGCCCCGAUGUUGGCUAUGAAGCUAUUGGUCUUGUGGACAGUAGUUUGCCCACAGUCGGUGUGUUUGCAAAAGCAACUGCACAAGACAACCCAAAAUCUGCCACAGAGCAGUCCGGGACUGGUAUCCGCUCAGAGAGUGAGACAGAGUCUGAGGCCUCAGAAAUCGCUGUUCCUCCCAGCAAUCCUGUAGUCCCCCAGGUCCCUGCCCAAGGGGAGGACUACGGCAAAGGCGUCAUCUUCUACCUCAGGGACAAAGUGGUGGUGGGGAUCGUGCUGUGGAACAUCUUCAACCGAAUGCCAAUAGCAAGGAAGAUUAUUAAGGACGGUGAGCAACACGAAGAUCUCAAUGAAGUAGCCAAACUAUUCAACAUUCACGAGGACUGAAGCCCCCCAGUGGAACAGGCAAGCACUUUGCUGUCCCUGACAGCAGCUUGGAUGAGUAAAGGAGCAUUUUUUAUUCAGCAGACUUCCUCUGCAUAUGAGUGUGAAUGGUAAAGUCCUUUGUGAAUAUUUCAACCAUGUAGGCAGAUUCUUAAUGUUCACAUCACUAAAUAAAACCUGAUUCUUCUAAAUUAA